AUGUCCAGUGUCACCACCGUGAUGGAUAUCCUUCUCCUGGGGUUCUCUGAGUUCCGGGAGCUCCAGCUGGGCCACGCCGUGCUGUUCCUGCUGGUCUACCUGGACGCUCUGAUGGGGAAUUUCCUCAUCAUCACCGUCACUGCCCUCGACCGGCACCUCCAUAUCCCCAUGUACUUCUUCUUCAGGAACCUGUCGGUCCUCGACCUCUGCCUCAUCUCCGUUACCGUCCCCAAGUCCAUUAGUAACGCCGUGAUUAACAGUAGAUCUAUUUCCCGGCAGGAUGCAGUGGGAAUCCUCACGGCGAUGUCCUACGAUGGCUACGGGACCAUCUGCCGCCCCCUGCGCUAUGACAUUAUCAUGGCUCCAAGGGCCUUGAUCCACCAUUUCUUCUCCGAUGCCCCCCAGGUAUUAAAGCUCGUCUGCCCUGAAGACAGCGGGAGAAAUGCCAUCCACAGAGAGCCGAGCUUUGGAGCCUUCUCCACCUUCCUGCCCCUCCUCGUCGUCGUCACCUUGUUCCUUUCCUCCGGUGGGUUUGAAUAUCUCAAUCCAGUUCCUGAGUCCCCUUCUCUUCCGGACUUCCUCCUCCCCAUGUUCUAUGCCGUAGUACCCCCAACUCUGAACCCUGUCAUCUAA